AAUAUGUCAAGCCCUGAGAUUACUCAACUUAUUCGUCAACUUACAAUCCAGUCUCCUGACAGAGAAGAGUUAUCCACCGGUAGUAUACAUAAGUUUUGGAGUACUCAGCCAGUUCCUCAGUUGGAAGAACAGACCAUUGCUUUAGAUGAAGGCCCUAUUGAACCUAACAAGGAUCCUGAGGACAUUCGUAAGCAACCCUAUACAUUAUUGCCACAAUUUGAGUGGACAGAGUGUGAUAUUGAGAAUCAGGAGGAAUUGGAAGAACUGUAUCAACUUUUGAAUGCAAAUUAUGUGGAAGAUGAGGAUGCCAUGUUUCGUUUUGAUUAUAGUGGUUCUUUUCUUUAUUGGGCUUUAAGAGCGCCUGGUUGGAGAAAAGAUUGGCACGUUGGUGUACGAACAGUUUCUAGUAAACGCCUUGUGGCUUUUAUUAGUGCCAUUCCUUCGAUGAUAUAUAUUAAGGGACAACAAUUACAAGUGGUAGAAAUCAACUUUCUUUGUAUUCAUAAAAAGUUGAGAAACAAACGACUAGCACCAGUUUUAAUCAAAGAAAUUACGAGAAGAGUCAAUCGAAGCGGUAUAUUUCAAGCAGUUUAUACAGCUGGUGUAGUUCUUCCUCGUCCAGUUGCUCGUUGUCGCUAUUAUCAUCGUUCUUUGAAUCCGAAAAAGUUGAUACAAGUUGGAUUCUCUCGUUUAGGACCUCGAAUGACACUUAGUCGAACUAUCAAAUUGUAUGCGCUUCCUGAAGACAUUACCAUUGUAGGAUUGGAACCUUUAAGUUUGCAACAUGUAUCUUCUGCACGUGACUUGCUUGAACAAUAUUUGAAAAGAUUCAAGUUUUCUAUUUCAUUUUCAUUGGAAGAAUUUUCUCAUUGGUUCCUACCGAGGAAGAAUGUCAUCUAUAGCUAUAUUUUAAAGAAUGAAAAUGGUAUGGUGACCGAUUUGAUAAGUUUCUAUGAGUUACCUUCGACUGUUAUUAAACAUGAGAAAUAUAAGAGUUUAAGAGCAGCUUAUUCAUUUUAUAAUGUUGCAACAAGUGUACCUUUAGAGUCUCUGAUGCAGAAUGCGUUGAUAUUAGCAAAACAAGAAGGCUUCGAUGUAUUCAACGCUUUAGAUUUGAUGGAAAAUGAAACUUUUUUUAAACAACUAAAAUUUCAUCCUGGCGAUGGUUUUCUACAUUAUUAUUUAUACAAUUGGCGAUGCUGGACUUUGUCUCCUUCAGAGUUGGGUUUAGUACUUUUAUAGGAAACACUAUGAAAAGAAAUGAUAAAUGUUGGCU